AUGGCAGCAGAGCUGACAUCCACCAAGCUCAACCCAGAGAGUCACAUCAUCCUGGACCAACCACUCCUUCGACUACCUCUUGAACUGGCCCGCAGGAAUUUUAAAACCGUACAACGAGCCGUCGAGCGAGAGAAAGAAUAUGUCAUCCCCGCAAUCAAAGAGGCCGCCGCCGCCUCACUCUCCAAUACUCAAACGCCCGAACAGACCCUAGCUGCACUCGACGCAAUGAUAUCCAGAAUGCAAAGUCUCAAACGGAAGAUGGAAGGCUUGCAGGAGGAAGAGAAGAAAAUACACAACCAAUCUCGCAAGCGUAUUCAGCACCUGGAGACCCUACAUAAAAUUCCGAGCCUAGCCGAUGUCAAAUACGACCAGUGGUCAAGGGUACGGCUGGACCGUUUACUCGUUGACCACAUGCUACGCUCAGGUUACUCAGAAAGUGCGAAGCAGAUGGCCCAGGAUAGGGGGGUAGAGGAUCUCGUGGACCUAGGUGUAUUCACACAAGCUAAACGGAUUGUGGAUAGUUUGCGACGUGGAGAAACCAAGGAAGCAUUGCAAUGGUGUGGAGAGAACAAGGCUGCGCUGAAGAAAAGCCCGCAAAAUCUUGAAUUUGAACUCCGGCUGCAGCAAUACAUCGAGAUGGUCAGGACACAAGACAAGUCUAAGAGGAUUGAGGCAAUAAUCCAUGCAAAGAAAUACCUCAUACCGAACUAUCAGGCUCAGAAUUCCGAUAUUAUGCGCGCUGCAGGAUUACUGGUUUUCACGCAGGACACAAGAGCCGAGCCUUACAAAUCUCUCUUUGCGCGGGAACGCUGGAAGUUCCUCGCGGACCUUUUCAUCGAGACCCACCAUGAGCUGCUUUCAUUGCCGGCACAACCUCUAUUGCAUAUUGCCCUUUCCGCAGGACUUUCAGCUCUGAAGACUCCUCUGUGCCACUCGGCAUAUACAUCGUCCAGCUCAAACUCACAGUCAACAUCGACAUCUGUAUGUCCUAUCUGCUCAACUGAACUGAACGAGCUUGCACGCAACAUGCCAUACGCCCACCACUCAAAGAGUUAUGUGGAAAGCGACCCGAUAGUUCUGCCCAACGGCCGAGUCUAUGGGAAGCAAAGGCUGAUAGAGAUGAGCCGUAACAUGGGAACAGUGAAACCAGGCGACGUCAAAGACCCAACAACAGGACAGGUCUUCCACGAGGGUGAGAUGAAGAAAGUGUACAUUAUGUGA